GCAAAAUCGCUUAGAAAGUAGAAAUUAAACGAACAUGAAAGUGACAAUAACGUUGUGCUCAGCAUUUUUAAUGCUGCUCUGUGUGAGCGUAUCCGCUGAUAGAUCGGAUGAACGCCCAAGUUUUGUCAUCAGCGAAACCAUUGGCGAAGUUGAUCGUUCGCUCGUACCUGCUGCAGCUGACUUAUUCACAGCUAUAUUCAAUCCCUGGGCAGCAGUGAAGAAAAGUCAACAACACUUUUCUAACAGCGCUCAGCGAUGCGUGGAUGUAUACAAUAUUAAUUAUGCACGAUCUCUUGCCGUUGUUGGACGCAAAGUCCGCGAUGUAGGAAGAAUUAAAGAAUCCAGCUUAAAGCUGUAUGUACGCAAAAAUGAUGCAGAGGAAUUGCAAGAACAAUUCGUGGAGGAUAUAGAGGAGUGUGGCGCACUGCAGUCAGCCGACGAACGACUUAAUUGUUAUGUCGGAGUGAUUGCUGAAAUAUUCGGUGAUAUUGACAAUACUUCUAGUAAAUCUAGUGAGUCUAGCGAAUCUGUUGAAUUUUCCUGGAUCAACAAAAUAGCUAUACGCUCCCGCAUACAACGCCUUUCCUGGAGCUUAUUUGCUGCAUCGAUUAAGCUGAACAAGUGUGUGUCCGCUUUUCCAAACCAACCUACUGUGGCACCACCAAAGGGACAGUCUACGCCACCAGAAGGGCCCCCAGAGAGAACUUCUGAAGCACCUGAACACAGACCAACUAAACCAGAAGGGCCCCCAAAGAAAACUUCUGAAGCACCUGGACACAGACCAACUAAACCAGAAGGGCCCCCAAAGAAAACUUCUGAAGCACCUGAACACAGACCAACUAAACCAGAAGGGCCCCCAGAGAAAACUUCUGAAGCACCUGAACACAGACCAACUAAACCAGAAGGGCCCACAGAGAUAACUUCUGAAGCACCUGAACACAGACCAACUAAACCAGAAAGGCCCACAGAGGAAACUUCUCCCCAACCAGACUCAACAACUGUCGAGCCAUCCAAACCGGAAUCCACAUCCGCCCCGGAAUCCACAUCCGCACCAGAAUCCACAUCAGCACCAGAAUCCACAUCCGCACCGGAAUCCACAUCCGCACCAGAAUCCACAUCUCCACCGGAAUCCACUAAUACUGAGCCAGAUACUACAACAACGGAAUCAUCUACAACUGAAGAAGAAUCAACAACCGAUAACACUUCUGCAACUGAGCCAGAUGAACCCACUUCAGAAGAGUCUUCCACUGAAGAACCUGCUACCACCGUAUUCGCCGAAAGUCCUUAGAAGAUUCUACAGAUGAAGAUUCUGCCAGGGAGUAAAAUUCUGGCAAUGCUACAAAAAUUGCAAAGGUUAAUGUUGUAAAUAAAAGUAUUUGUUUUUCAUAUUUUUUUGAAAAUUUUGCUGUUAAAUAAAUACCUUCUAUUAAUGCAAUCGCUUAUAAAAAGUAAUAGCUUCUAAAAUUUUGACUAAGUAGGGAUAGUGAAAUGUGUAGAUAUGUAUGUUGAAAUCAUCCGGAUUUAUAAUCAAUAAAAAGAUUGUAAAUAUAAAUUUA